CAUCUUGGAUUUUCACACGUGCCGUUUCUUCAAACGAAACUCAAAAGUUGUACAAAAAUGGUCUCUUUAAAUCCAGUUCAGAUCCUAAAUCCGGGCGCAGAGGAGGAAAGAGCCGAGGUUGCUCGUAUGUCAUCAUUUAUUGGUGCCAUUGCUAUUGGUGAUCUUGUCAAGAGUACAUUAGGACCAAAGGGAAUGGACAAGAUUCUUCAAUCAUUUGGUCAAAACACAGAUAUACAAGUAACAAAUGAUGGAGCAACUAUUUUAAAAUCCAUCGGUGUAGACAAUCCAGCAGCUAAGGUCUUAGUAGAGUUGUCUAAGGUGCAGGAUGAUGAGGUUGGCGAUGGCACAACUAGUGUAACAGUACUAGCUGCAGAGUUGCUCAAGGAAGCAGAAAAGUUGGUUUCACAAAAGAUCCAUCCACAYACUAUUAUUUCAGGCUGGCGUAAGUCAGUUAAGGCAGCAGAGGAAGCUCUUGAAGCUGCUGCCUCCAAUCAUGCAGAUGAUGAAGAAAAGUUCCGACAAGAUCUCAUGAAUAUUGCCAGAACAACACUCAGCUCUAAGAUCCUGGUGCAACAUCGAGAUCACUUUGCUAAGCUUGCUGUAGAAGCAGUAUUACGUUUAAAGAAAAGUGGGGACCUUAAUGCUAUCCAGAUUAUUAAGAAACUUGGUGGUGGAAUGGRUGAUUCUUUCUUAGAUGAAGGAUUUUUAUUGGAUAAGAAAAUUGGUGUCAAUCAACCCAAGAGAAUAGAAAAUGCUAAAAUACUGAUUGGUAAUACKAGUAUGGAUGCUGAUAAAAUUAAGGUCUUUGGUUCUCGUGUUCGAGUUGAUUCCACUGCAAAAAUUGCUGAAUUAGAAGUUGCUGAAAGAGAAAAGAUGAAAGAAAAAGUUGAAAUGAUCCUAAAACAUGAUAUAAYUUGCUUUAUAAACAGGCAACUAAUCUACAACUAUCCAGAACAACUUUUUGCUGAUGCUGGUGUAAUGGCCAUUGAACAUGCUGAUUUUGAAGGUGUUGAAAGACUGGCUCUUGUAACAGGAGGUGAAAUUGUAUCUACAUUUGGACGUCCAGAACUUGUUAAAAUUGGUACUUGUAAAUUGAUUAAUGAAGUUAUGAUUGGAGAAGAUAAGCUUAUCCAUUUCUCUGGAUGUGCUUUGAAUGAAGCCUGUACUAUUAUAAUCCGAGGUGCAACAAAACAGAUCCUUGAUGAAGCAGAACGCUCUCUCCAUGAUGCUUUGUGCGUACUUACACAGACUGUCAAAGAACCAAGAACUGUUUAUGGUGGAGGUGCAUCAGAAAUGUUAAUGGCACGUGCAGUUUCCCAGCUUGCAGAAAGAACGCCUGGUAAAGAAUCUACUGCKAUGAAUUCCUUUGCUGGAGCUUUACGUAUGCUGCCAACAAUUAUUGCUGACAAUGCUGGUUAUGACAGUGCUGAUCUUGUUGCUCAACUACGUGCAGCUCAUACAGAAGGGAAAUCUACUUAUGGAUUAGACAUGAGCAAUGGAACUGUAGGAGAUAUGGCUGAACUAGGUAUUACAGAGUCCUUUAAGGUCAAGAAACAYGUGCUUCUGUCUGCUGCUGAAGGGGCGGAGGUUAUCCUUAGGGUGGACAAUAUAGUCAAAGCUGCACCAAGAUUGUGAUGAACGUGAUGUAAAUUAUAUCAUCAAGGACAUGUAACUUAAUUACUGUUUAAAUAACUGGACUUUUCUUACAUGCYAAAGAAUGUGUGUUGAUGAAGAUAUUUAUACAAAGUGAUGUGCAGUACCAUCUUGAUCUAAAAGUGGAAAUUUGAUUUGCAUUGUGUGAUCUAUUAUAUCAGGAAAAUAAAGCAAUAAAUUGUAAAAAAAAAUUA